CGUUAGCUGCGUCCCGGCUGGAAGCCCGCGAAGAGGACGAGGAGGAAGGCGCCUCUGUGGCCGCGGCCGCAGCGCUCCGGGUGCGACGAGCCAUGAGCGGGCGCGCCGCGGGCGACCCUGCCGUCGCCGGCCGCCGCUGAGCCCGACCCGGAGACCGCUCGCCGCUCCCCAGCACCCUCUCCAGCCGGCACCCUCGCGCGCGGAGAACCAUGAUUCCGGUGACAGAAUUCCGGCAGUUCUCUGAGCAGCAGCCUGCCUUCCGGGUGCUGAAGCCGUGGUGGGAUGUGUUUACUGAUUACCUCUCGGUGGCCAUGCUCAUGAUCGGCGUGUUUGGAUGUACUUUGCAGGUCAUGCAAGACAAAAUAAUCUGUCUUCCGAAAAGAGUGCAGCCUGCUCAGAACCACUCUUCCAUCUCAAACGUCUCUCAAGCAGUUGCCAGUACUACCCCACUCCCUCCACCUAGACCAUCUCCUGCUAACCCCACCACUGUGGAAAUGAAGGGACUGAAGACAGAUCUGGACCUUCAGCAGUACAGCUUCAUAAACCAGAUGUGUUACGAGCGAGCCCUCCACUGGUACGCCAAGUACUUCCCUUACCUCGUUCUCAUCCAUACCUUGGUCUUCAUGCUCUGCAGCAACUUCUGGUUUAAAUUCCCUGGCUCCAGCUCCAAAAUAGAGCACUUCAUCUCCAUCCUGGGGAAAUGUUUUGACUCUCCUUGGACCACACGGGCUUUAUCUGAAGUGUCCGGGGAGGACUCCGAAGAAAAGGACAACCGGAAGAACAACCUGAGCAAGUCCAACACCAUCCAGUCUGGUCCAGAAGGCAGCCUGGUCAACUCUCAGUCUCUAAAGUCCAUUCCCGAGAAGUUUGUGGUUGACAAAUCCACCGCCGGGGCUCUGGAUAAAAAGGAAGGUGAGCAAGCAAAGGCCUUAUUCGAGAAGGUGAAGAAGUUCAGGCUGCACGUGGAAGAAGGUGAUAUUCUAUACGCCAUGUAUGUUCGCCAGACUGUACUCAAGGUUAUCAAAUUCCUAAUCAUCAUUGCAUAUAAUAGCGCUCUGGUUUCCAAAGUCCAGUUCACAGUGGACUGUAAUGUUGACAUUCAAGACAUGACUGGGUAUAAAAACUUCUCUUGCAAUCAUACCAUGGCACACUUGUUCUCCAAACUCUCCUUUUGCUACCUGUGCUUUGUUAGUAUCUACGGACUGACGUGCCUUUAUACCUUGUACUGGCUGUUCUAUCGUUCUCUAAGGGAAUAUUCUUUUGAGUAUGUCCGACAGGAGACUGGGAUUGAUGAUAUUCCAGAUGUGAAAAAUGACUUUGCUUUUAUGCUUCACAUGAUAGACCAAUAUGACCCUCUCUAUUCCAAGAGAUUUGCCGUGUUCCUGUCUGAAGUCAGUGAAAACAAAUUAAAGCAGCUGAACUUGAAUAAUGAGUGGACUCCUGAUAAACUGAGGCAGAAGCUCCAGACAAAUGCCCACAAUCGACUGGAAUUGCCUCUUAUCAUGCUCUCGGGCCUUCCAGACACUGUUUUUGAAAUCACAGAGCUACAAUCUCUAAAACUCGAAAUCAUCAAGAACGUAAUGAUACCAGCCACCAUCGCGCAGCUGGACAAUCUCCAAGAGCUCUCUCUGCACCAGUGCUCUGUCAAAAUCCACAGUGCAGCCCUCUCUUUCCUGAAAGAAAACCUCAAAGUCUUGAGCGUCAAGUUCGAUGACAUGAGAGAGCUGCCCCCCUGGAUGUAUGGACUGCGGAAUCUGGAAGAGCUCUACUUGGUGGGCUCUCUAAGUCAUGAUAUUUCCAAAAACGUCACCCUCGAGUCGCUGCGGGAUCUCAAAAGCCUUAAAAUUCUCUCUAUCAAAAGCAACGUUUCCAAAAUCCCUCAGGCAGUGGUGGACGUUUCCAGCCAUCUCCAGAAGAUGUGCAUCCACAACGAUGGCACCAAGCUGGUGAUGCUAAACAACUUGAAGAAGAUGACCAACCUCACAGAGCUGGAACUGGUCCACUGCGACCUGGAGCGGAUUCCCCACGCCGUAUUCAGCCUGCUCAGCCUCCAGGAAUUGGACCUGAAGGAAAAUAAUCUGAAAUCGAUAGAAGAGAUCGUCAGCUUUCAGCACUUGAGGAAGCUGACAGUGCUGAAGUUGUGGCAUAACAGCAUCACCUACAUCCCAGAGCACAUAAAGAAACUCACCAGCCUGGAGCGCCUGUCCUUCAGUCAUAACAAAAUAGAGGUGCUGCCCUCCCACCUCUUCCUAUGCAACAAGAUCCGAUACUUGGACUUAUCCUACAAUGACAUUCGCUUUAUCCCACCCGAAAUCGGAGUUCUACAAAGUUUACAGUAUUUUUCCAUCACUUGUAACAAAGUAGAAAACCUUCCCGAUGAACUCUACUUCUGCAAGAAACUGAAAACCCUGAAGAUUGGGAAAAACAGUCUAUCUGUACUUUCGCCGAAAAUUGGAAAUUUACCAUUCCUUUCCUACCUAGACGUUAAAGGCAACCACUUUGAAAUCCUCCCUCCUGAACUGGGUGACUGUCGGGCUCUGAAACGAGCUGGUUUGGUUGUGGAAGACGCUCUGUUUGAAACUCUGCCUUCUGAUGUCCGGGAGCAAAUGAAAACAGAAUAACUUAUUUUUCGUCAGAGUUUUGACUGACACACGCUUCUACCAAAUACAGUCUGAAUAAUUAGGUAGUCUUAAUGCCUUUCCUAUUUUAUUUUUAUUUUUAUUUCCGUUUUCACACAAAGCAAAAUGUACACAAAGAUUGAGUAAGGAGUAUGUAUUUUUUAAUAAAAAUUUAAUUGUAUUUUUUCAAUAUUAA